GCGGGAGCGUGCCGCCGCUGUGAGAGCGGGUAGCGGAGAGCGGGGGGCGGCCGAGCCCCCGCGCCGCGGGCACCAUGGACAGUAUCCUGGAGCCCUUCCCCGCCGAGCGGCUCUUCCCCGCCGCCGGCACCGGUUUCCUCGACCUCGGCGACUUCAGCGAGGCGGAUUUCCUCAGCAAUGUGCAUUUCUCGGAAAACCUGGAUCACUUCUCCGACAACAUGGAGGAUUUCUCCAACGACCUCUUCAGCAGUUUCUUUGACGACCCAGUACUGGCUGAGAAGAACCCGCUGUUGGACAUGGACCUGGAUCCACCCACCCCAGGCAUUCAGGCAGAGCACAGCUACUCCCUGAGCGGCGACUCUGCUCCCCAGAGCCCUCUUGUGCCUGUCAAGACUGAAGAUCAGGCAAACGAGCUGGAGAAUGGAGUGUGGUCGCUGGGCCCCAAGCUCUGCUCCAUCAUGGUGAAACAGGAACAGAACCUGGCUCUAGAUCUGCCUGAGUCCCAGCUAGGUGCCAGCUCUAUACCAGUGCUGAACCUCAACCCUCUGCAGAGACUGCCAGUCCCCGAGGAGACUCCCAUAGAAAUGACUCCAGCACCUGUGAUCAAAGCUGAGCCCAAAGAGGUGAACCAAUUUCUAAAUGUACCUGCAGCAGAUGACCUGGUGCAGAUGCCUCCAACUCCACCUAGCAGCCAUGGCAGUGACAGUGAUGGCUCUCAGAGCCCCCGGUCCCUGCCUCCCUCCAGCCCAGCUCGACCUGCUGCUCGCUCUUCUUCAGCCAUCUCCUCCUCACCGCUCCUCACGGCACCACACAAGUUACAAGGGACCUCUGGCCCACUGCUCUUGACUGAAGAGGAGAAACGCACCUUGAUUGCUGAGGGCUACCCCAUUCCUACCAAGCUGCCUCUCACCAAAGCAGAGGAGAAAGCACUGAAGAGGGUCAGGAGGAAAAUCAAGAACAAGAUCUCUGCUCAGGAGAGUCGCAGGAAGAAGAAAGAAUAUGUGGAAUGUCUAGAGAAAAAGGUUGAGACAUACACAACAGAAAACAAUGAGCUCUGGAAAAAGGUGGAGACCUUAGAAAAUGCAAACAGGACUCUGCUCCAGCAGUUACAGAAGCUGCAGGCUCUGGUAGCUGGGAAAGUCUCCAGACCUUACAAAAUGGCUUCCACGCAGACCGGGACCUGCCUAAUGGUACUGGCACUCUGCUUCGUGCUGAUCCUGGGAUCCCUGAUGCCCUGCCUCCCCGAGUUCUCUUCAGCAUCACAGACAGUGAAAGCAGCACCGGCGCCAGACAUUUACACAGCUAGUAAGAUUCAGUCACGGAGUCUCCUUUUCUAUGACGAGGGUGCUGGCUCCUUAGAAGAGAGCUAUAGCUCCUUCUUAACCAUGGACCAUCCUGAGGGGUGGGAGGCUGAGAAAGGGCAGGCUGAGGAGGGAAGGCCUCAUCUGCCCAGGACACACGAGACAGCAAAAUACCUGAGCAAAUCCCAGCUGGAGGGUUCUGACCGGAACCGAACCGACCCAACUCUCACCCACCUCAAAGAGCAAUUCCAUGAGAGCAAGACAAGCUCCAGUGAGACAGCUGAAUACUUGUAGCAGCUGCUGGACCUCAAGGCCUCAUCUGUCUGAUUGCAGGAUUCCUUCCUCACCAAGCAACUGAGGGGACUUGUCAGGAGAGGACACUGCAUUCAGACACUCCUUAAGCUGGCUUUGGGUUCAGUUCCUCCCCUUCCCCACCUCCUCCCAUUAGUACUGAUCUCUCUGAAGGGAGUCACAGGACUGCCAGAACCAGCAAUAAAUGUCUGGCAAAGCCCUGAGAUGCCCUCUUCUCCUGGCCUUACCUCCCUGCUUAAAUGAGCACUACCCUAUGGAUGUGGGGCUCACUUUGGAGCGGAGGGAGAUCAGGGGAAGCCUCCAAACUCUUCAGCUCACUCCCCAAAGCCUCCAGACCAAGGGGGCUGUACCCCUUGGCUACAUCAGAUGCACCUGAAGGAGAGAAGAGAGAGUGCUGGAUUUACUGGCUUAAGAGUGGGUGCUGCUGGUGCUGCUGGAGAGAUGGCUCUGGAGAGUUUGAGCUCAUUCCUUCCCCUCCAUCUGUUAGCACACUUCUGCUUCCGUUGAGAGAAAACCUAGUUCUUCCUUGCUCUAGUUUUCUCUUGAGGGACAUGCCUACCUAACUUCCACACCAACUAUCUGCAAAGAUCUGCACACAAACGGAGUGGGGGAGGCAGAUCCCAGACAGAUAAGCCACCAUAAAAAUUAGCCAGCAGCUUCUGGGCAACCAGAGCUCUGAAACAGAAAAGAAUUCUCACCCACAACCCACUUCUCUCCACCCUUGGCCCCCUUGCUUUGGCAGGGGUGGUAUUUCCCUUUCUGCUCCCAGCUUGGGCCCCACAGUGCAGUGCUAACCAGGUCAGAGGCCUUCUCACUUUCCAUUCUGCAGGCCUCCCCCUCUGAGAGUGGGUGAGAGAAACUCAUUCUUCUAACCCAAUCCCCAUCCUAGCUUUCCAUCCCCAAUGCUGCUUCUUGCCAAAUGAGGUCUUUCUAGGAACCACCAAGGAGAGCUGUGCAGCCCACUGGAGGGCUCUUGGACAGCCAUCGCUCCCCUCAGAGCCUCUGUGUGCACAGCAGUGUUGUGAAAGCCACGGAGGACACACUGACAUCUCUUGUGACAGACAC